AAAAUAGUUAAGAGUUUCCUACAUACACUAUUCAACAAAUAAAGUUAGAAUGUUCUAAAUGCAACUCUUGAAUGUAUUAGUGCUUGCCUAAAUCUUUCUUUUCAGGUAUAAAACCGAACAGGUUGCCAAAUUUUUGGUAGAAUGCAAUUGGAUUAAACUUCGAAAAAAAGUUUUUAGCCCUCGUAGAUACCUCCGCAGCAGCAUAAUCCAUCCUCAGUUUUGAACUCCAAAAAAAUCCCAGAUGCCUUUUUCCAGCUAGGCAAAAAUGAUAAUUGACAAAAACUUCUAGCAGUAAAAUACUUGGAAAUGAACUGUUUUUCUUUACAUAUAUAUAUAUAUAUAUAUAUAUUGCUCUCUCUUCAUAUAUUUCAAGCAAUGACCUAAAAUAUACAUCCAUGCAUCUUUCAAUUUCAAACCUGUCAGACUUACUCUUUAUAAAAAUCAGUACAGAAUUGCCACAAGCUUUAAUGCUACCUUUUGAGGUGCUACGGAACACAUGCUUUCUUUAUAUUUUUUAGUUUCAUCUGCAUUAUUGUCGCUUCAUCUAUCUAUAAUUCUAUAUAUACCCUUUACCGGAUUUUGAAGUUAAAUUCACACAUUGAAGUAUUGAACAACUACAACAUGUUACCAGAAGAUUGUCUUUCUACUAUUCUUUCCUUCACCUCUCCAGAAGAUGCAUUUAGAUCAUCCUUCGUUUCAUCGACUUUUCGAUCAGCAAUUGGUUCGGAUAUGGUUUGGGAAAGGUUUCUGCCUCCUGAUUAUUCUGAAAUAGUAAUGAGUUCGGUCACUCCUCUGAAGUUUUCUUCAAAGAAAGAACUGUUUCAGUGUCUUUGUGAACCAGUUCUCAUAGAUGCUGGAAACAAGAUUUUCAAGUUGGAGAAAUCAUCAGGCAAGAAAUCUUACAUAUUAUCUGCAAAAGAACUUUCCAUUACAUGGAGCUCUAAUCCAUUGUAUUGGAGCUGGAUACCUUUGUCUGAAUCAAGGUUCCCCAGCGUGGCUGUGUUAAGAACUACUGAUUGGUUAGAAAUUCGAGGCACUAUCAGGACUCAAAUGCUGACCCCAAAUACUACUUAUGGAGCUUAUGUUAUAAUGAAAAUCUCAGACCGAGCAUAUGGUCUUGAUUUAAUGCCAUCAGAGAUAACAUUGGAAGUGGGAAACCAGGUUUCUUCUAGCAGCGUUUUCCUACACCAUCAAGAGAGCAAGAAACAGAUGGAAAUGCUGAAAUCGAUUGAAGGUAAUAACCAAGGAGCUAUGAGUGAAAGGGAAGAUGGGUGGAUGGAGAUUGAGUUGGGAGAGUUCUUCAGUGGGGAAAAUGAUGGGGAGGUCAAGAUGAGUUUGAUGGAGGUAAAGGGUUGUCAUCUAAAGGGAGGGAUUGUAAUUGAAGGUGUUGAAUUCAGGCCAAAAGACUAGUGAAAAAGAGAAGAU